AUGUGUGCCAGCAUUCAGACCUCCUUUCCAAACCCUGAACCUACUUCUAUUGCUAACGGUAUCCCUUCCUCUUCUCAACUAACACUAACACGGAAUACUGAUUUGCCGUCGAAGUUCAACGCAGCCAACCAGUCUUCCUCCGACGUAGUCGAGAUGGCCAAUCUCUUAGAACAUGCCGAUGCACGCGUAGUCGAGUACUUUCCUCCUACCAGAACGCAGACCCAAUGGUCCACGUGGACGUGGGAUGACCUUUCCUCCUCCCGAUCGGCACUGGCGGCACUGACCCGACCCUCGCAUGCCAGCUACAGAAACUCAUGCAGGUCACAACUGUUCCUUCAACCUGGCUGCCGCAAGCCAGCCACACGAACACCAGCUGUUCGAACUCUACCGAACCGAGCCUGGAAGAUUGUAGCUGUUAAGGUUGACCGUCUUAGCCUUAACCCCUACAGAUCUGCCGUUUCAUUUGCAUUUGGGAUUUGGAGUCUAAAAGUUGCAGAAUUCCCAUAUAAGGAGAAUCAAACGUCCCUCUAUGGCCUUAAGAAUAUACCAUUUGGGGUUUCUAAACUUGUGCAAUGGAUGAGGAUUGCCUCAUGCGUGGAGACCUCGGACGGUCAGCUUGGUGGUCUGGUCAUCUGGACGGGAGUCAGAGUGGUCUACGAAAGUGCAGCCACAAAGACCCAAAGAAAUAAACGUCCGAAACCGAGGUCCAGUGUGAGGGAGCAGAUACCGAAGGUGGCAAUGAGCGGGGAAGAGGCUGGGGCUGAGGUGUGGUGGUCGCUUCUGCCCGACGCCCACGUUACUCUUGACGGCACAGACAAGGUCACUCAGGACCUUGCGCGAAUGUACUUUUCGGCCGGCCUCCGACCAGACGCAAAGUGGCGCACGAGACAC